AGGAGGGGCCUGGGUGUAUGGGCAGGGGGUUGUAUUAGUGGGGCAGGCAGCGACUGGGAGAGGGUUUGGGGAGGUGUGGGGCGUGGCAGGGCCUGGUAUGAGGGGAGCGCAUGGGCGGGGGGAGGGGGCAGGUGAGGCGCAGCUUGGGUGGGUCUAGGCCCCUUAGAGAACUGUUGCGGUGCGGGGGGCCUGGGCCUGUAACGGGUGUGCGGGGUGUGGCUAGGCACGCGGGUUGGUGAGUAGGUGUGGCUCAGCCCUGGAAGCAUGGGGCCCUGGGCGGUAUGGGGAGGGUGUGUGAGGAAGUCCUGGCGUGGGGGUGGGCAUGCCUAAAUGGGAAUACCGUGGUUGGGUACACACUGACUGAGCCAGGGAGAGGCCAGGCUGAAUUGGGAGUCCAGAAACGUGAGGUGAAUGGUGAUUUUAGCACGUGUAGUCCAGUCUAUUGUGCUCACAGGACUCUACGCAAGCAGCACCAUGGAGCUAAAGUGGCUGCUGUGUGUGACAUUGCUGAUACUUGGGUUAGUUGAUGUCCACACACAUGAUGGGGAAGAUGACCAUGGUGGUGAUGUAAUUGAUAUUGAGGAUGACCUGGAAGAUGGUGUUGAGGAGGUAGAAGAGUCAAAGCCGGAAGCCAGCAGCCCUCCUCCAUCCCCAAAGGUUACCUACAAGCCCGCAGUUCCAACAGGAGAGGUUUAUUUUGUGGAAAACUUUGAUAAGGGAACCCUGGAAGGAUGGGUUCUUUCCAAGGCCAAGAAGGAUGACACAGAUGAUGAAAUUGCAAAAUACGAUGGUAAAUGGGAAGUAUUGGAAAUGAAGGACACCAAACUUCCAGGGGACAAAGGACUAGUACUGAUGUCCCGGGCCAAGCAUCAUGCGAUCUCUUCCAAACUGACAAAACCCUUCAUAUUUGAUACCAAACCCCUCAUUGUACAGUAUGAAGUGAAUUUCCAAAAUGGGAUUGAGUGUGGUGGUGCCUAUGUGAAGCUGCUUUCUAAAACCACCGAGCUGAACCUGGAUCAGUUCCAUGACAAAACUGCCUACACAAUCAUGUUUGGUCCUGAUAAAUGUGGAGAAGAUUAUAAAUUACACUUCAUCUUUCGGCACAAGAACCCCAAAACCGGCAAGUAUGAAGAGAAGCAUGCAAAGCGUCCAGAUGCAGAUCUGAAGACCUACUUUACCGAUAAGAAGACCCACCUCUAUACUCUGGUCUUGAAUCCUGAUAAUAGUUUUGAAAUCCUGGUUGAUCAGACUGUGGUGAAUAGUGGGAAUCUCCUAAAUGAUGUGACUCCUGCUGUGAACCCACCCCGAGAGAUUGAGGACCCAGAUGACCAAAAACCAGAGGACUGGGAUGAGAGACCCAAGAUCCCAGACCCAGAUGCUGUUAAACCAGAGGAUUGGGAUGAGGAUGCUCCUGCAAAGAUUCCAGAUGAUGAUGCUGUGAAGCCAGAAGGUUGGCUGGAUGAUGAGCCAGAAUAUGUAGCCGAUCCUGAUGCAGAGAAACCAGAGGACUGGGAUGAGGAUAUGGAUGGAGAGUGGGAGGCACCUCAGAUUGCAAAUCCCAAAUGUGAGUCAGCCCCUGGCUGUGGUACCUGGCAACGACCUAUGAUUGACAAUCCCAACUACAAAGGCAAAUGGAAGCCUCCUAUGAUUGAUAACCCCAACUACCAGGGAAUCUGGAAGCCCAGGAAGAUCCCAAACCCAGAUUUCUUUGAAGAUCUAGAACCUUUCAGAAUGACUCCCUUCACUGCUGUGGGCCUUGAAUUAUGGUCAAUGACCUCUGACAUCUUCUUUGACAACUUUAUCAUCUGUUCCGACCAAGUCGUGGCAGAAGAUUGGGCCAAUGAUGGUUGGGGUCUAAAAAAGGCAGCUGAUGGUGCUGCUGAGCCUGGUGUUGUGGGCCAGAUGAUGGCAGCUGCUGAAGAGCGUCCCUGGCUGUGGGUAGUAUACAUCCUAACUGUGGCUCUACCUGUGUUCCUUGUUGUCCUCUUCUGCUGUUCUGGAAAGAAACAGCCAAACGCUGCAGAGUACAAAAAGACUGAUGCUCCUCAGCCUGAUGUGAAUGAAGAGAAAGAGGAGGGGAAAGACAAGGCAGAUGAAGAGGAGGAAGAGGAGGAGGAAGCCGAAUCAAAUGAAGACAAGCUGGAAGAGAAGCAAAAGAGCGAUGCUGAUGUUGGAAGUGCUAGUCAAGAGGAGGAAGAGGAUGAGGAGGAAGAGGAAGAAGAUGGAAAACCCACAUCAGAGGAGGAAGAAAGCAUGAAUAGAUUGAAAAAAUCGUAAGAACUUCAUCUAUGAUUAUUUUUCCCCCCCACAUGGUUCUGGGAGAGGACCUUGGAUACCUUAUGUUGAAACUCAGACAAACCUCAAGACUUCACCAUCCGCAGGUUCCAGUCACACUAUCCAAUGUAACUGAGUGUCUAGCAGUAAAAUAUUUGCAAUCAUCUGUUUAAAGAGAACAUCAUUCCUGUAGAAAGAUACAUUUAAUGUAAUGGGCUGUGGAUUUUGAAAUGUAACAAAACUAACUUUUUAUUUUUGUUUUUAAAUAGAUUGGUAGAACUUUGCCAGUCUCUCAACCUUAGCUUAAUUUAAUGUAUUAAUCGAUCAAUGAAAAAUAACAAAUCUAGAAAAAUGUUAGUUGAUGAAAUGCAGUUUUUAUAACUUUAUUUUUUUUUAUAAACAUGGAAAUUCCUGGCAAUGCCUGUGUAUCCCUUAAAUUUGGUCAUCAUGUCAGUUGUCAGUGGCUACAUUUACUUUUUUUUAAAAUCCUCUCAAAUAAGGAAAUUAGGGGUGGGAAGGAAGUUAAAGUCCAUGUAAAGAAACUAUAUAACUAAGAUGUGUUAACGUUCCCAGGAAAGACCUCUCAUUUAUUUGUUGAGGGAGAAGCAUAGGUAGGCCAUGAAAUAAGUGGUGCCCAUGGCUGUUGCCCAGUUAAGUGUUCACAAUUGGCCUAAGGUAGUGGGGGUAGGUUUUACUGUGGUACUUAGUCUUGCAAGACUCACAGAGGCCAGAUGUCUGAUUUCUUUAGUUCUUGAGCUUUUCUCAAUAGGGCAGUGGCUGUUUGGGUUUAAAAAAAAAAUUGUAUAUAUACAUACACCUUUUCCCUUCCUCCGGCCCUAGCUUUCUCUGCUACUAUGCAGAUUCUUCAGAGUGUAGGUUGGCCUCCAUUGCUGAAGAUUACUUUAUGCUUGGCUCACAAUCAAACUUUUAUAGGUGGCUUUUUUUUUUGGUGGGGCAAAGGGGUGCUUUUGUUUAAGCUACACAUACUUCUUUCCAGGGUCCAAACACUGGAUACGACAGUGUCCCUAAUCUCCUUAUUGUUGCCACUGUAUGUAAACUCCUGCACAGAGACAGGGAGGUGGGAAAAGAAUAGGCAGGUUGACCUAAAGACUCAUAACAGAAGCAAAGAUGUCAGUAUUUUUAGAUGGGGAAGGACAUGUGGAAUAACCUACCUGGUAUGUGUAACCAUUUGAGUCUUUCAUCUGCUCCUCAUGUAACAGUUGCAUUCUAAAUUAUAUUGUGAAUAUAGGGGGUUCCAAAUCCAGCUAAAUAAAUUUUGUUUUAAAAUGUCA